AUGGAUGACAAUGACCCACGAUCUCCAUUUUUGGCUCAGGCACUAGCAGCCCUCCUGGUUUCCGUCUCACCUAUGCUUGAGUCUCUUGGCUUUUGCCCUGUGGGAUAUGAGGAGCCCAAGUUCUUGAGACUAGAAGCAGAAGCUGAUGGCGAACCACCUCCCAUAGCUGACUAUGUAUUCAAGCAUUUCCUAGAACUCGUCCGUGAGAAGGACAUGCCGUUUUUACAGAACCUCCGAGCUGUCAGAUUCCUAGUCGAUCCAAAUACCUGCGUGUACGAAACAUCAGAUUACCAACCCUAUGACCUAUUCAGCAGUCUAAACCUAGUGCGACGUCUGCCAGCCAUGGAAACUGUCCACGUGGAUGCUAUUUCUGACCCAGAUCUCCCAAGCGUUGAGCCCCCACCUCAAUCAGGAAAUUAUACCUGUAUUAAAAUUCAGCACUCCAGCCUUCAUUACCCGUACCUGGUAUAUACAAUUGAAUCAGCCAAACGUCUGGAAAAAUUCACAUAUGGGAUCGGCGGCCGCUUCUCAAAGAACGGUAUGCUGAUAUCGUUCCACCCAGAGUAUGUCUUUCGGGCACUUUUUGCUCACCGAGCCUCCCUGCGCCAGCUGGACCUUGAUGUAGAAGGGCAAACUCGUCAACUAGACCUUGUUGGUCUGAGGUAUCUGAAGUACAUCCCAGAAGAAGAAGAGCAAGGAUCACACCGGGACGAUCCAGUUUACCUGCAUGAGUGGGCUGAUGAGCUUGAGAAGCUUCCUAUGGAGGAGGAACAAAUAUCUUCUAAUGUGCCUGUGGAUGCUUGGUCUCUUCGAAGCUUCUUACAACUGAAAGACCUCAGUCUAGGGGUUCAUAUUCUUUAUCUUUAUGCUCGUGGAUAUGGUGGUGAACAGUGUGGUAACCAGUGGGGUGACCAGAGCGUUAAUGAUUCUUUUUCCCUUGUCGAUCACCUGCCGCCGAAUCUUGAGUCACUUCGCAUAUAUGGCUACAAGAAGGGAAUGAAGCCGCGGCUGAGAGGUGUUCCACAAAACUUGCUUGAAGACCAGCUUGCUAAGCUGAUGGCGGAGAAAGAUCAAAAGCUCCCCCGACUUGUCGUUAUUGAGGGUAUCGAGGAACUGAUCCCGAAUGGUGAGACGUUGGAGGGGCCCAGGAAUGAAGAUAAGCUUUGGAAAGGGGAGGCAGAUGAUGAAUGGACGGACUAUGAAUAUGAAUAA